ACAAAAAGGGGGGGAGUGAGACCUCUUACCAUGGUUAUAUUUCCGAAAUACGACUGAAAAAGUGUUUGAAGACGGCACAUUUUCUGUCAAAAAGUUACGAGCUUUUCAUGAAAAGAAUUUAAAGUUGAGGCGGCUAACUUUGUAAGCUAGCUCAGUGUUGAAGACACACAGAAAGGAUGAGUGGAGGCCCGUACAAGUCCCUGUUUUUCCUCAAGCUUCCAGACCUGAACAAGCUGGCAUGUGUCCCCAUGAAGCUUCACGAGGAUGAGGAGGGCGAGCCGAGGAGCAAACAGAUGAAGACCUGCAGGGAGCUGGUGCUGCUGUUUGACGACGUGCUGGCCUGUCCUUCGCUGGACUCCUUCACAGACAUCACUGUGGUCGUGGCUGUGCAGUUUUUCCACAGAGGGAUCCUCCAGGCGUUUGCACAGAGGAACCAUCUGCAGCUGGGUCGUCCUCAGAGUGUGCUAGCGGGUGACCUCCAGUGCUGCCUGUCCUACUCUCUGAUCAGCAGACUGUCUCCCCGCUGGAACAAAGCUGGCCUCCACCUCGUCUGCGGAAAAGACUUCCUGACUGAGGGAGGCCGACUCAACGCCGUCAGCAUGGAGCUCAGCAGCAGGGAGGGCCAGCUGUGCAUGAGCCUGGAGGCCAACGCUGUGCGACUGCCUCCACCCACACUGCAGGACUUGGGUCUGCCCCUGCUGGUGCUCAGCCGGUUCUGCAGUGACCCCAACGCCGUGCUCGACUCCGCCUCCAUUGGGGGACCCAUCUGGUGUCACGUGCUGCCCAGCAUGAAGAAAGGUCAGAUCGUGAGCAUCAGCCGCCAGCUGCCUGCAGACGGGCCGUUCUGGACCUACAGGGACCUGCAGAACCACUGGAACCGCCUGUAUGGAUACAGGCUCCCGGAGCUGGGGGAGGACGAGGUGGUGUACUGUAGCGUCUACUUCAGACCGGUGGGAGAGCGCCUCUUCACAUACCCUCUGAGCUGCAUCCGGCUGCAGCCCGUGCAGCGUUUUCCUCGAGUCGACCUGCAGGGGGUGCUGUGCUCUUUCAUGUCCGACGUCAGGAGCAGACUGCGCAGUGUGUGCGGCUUUGCUGCACAGCUGAGCGGAAAACCCUGCUAUCACACCGUGAACCUGAGCACGGCUGCCUCCAUGCAGGUGCAGACCAGCGAGCAGAUCAACCUCACCACCUCCUUCUUCAUCAGGCCAGUGCUGACUGAGCUCCCCUCAUCGGGUCCGGCCCUGCAGCUGUCGGCCCGGAUCUCUGCUUCCCAACCGGACCCAGCUCAGAACCGAAGUGGAUUCAGAGCUGGAGCUGAAGUCUGGCCUUCAUCUGGGAUCUCCUCUGCCUCCCGCGCUUCUGCUUCUAUUUCCUCGCUCCCUGGAACAAAUGUGUCCAUCUCUGUCUCUUCUUCUUCUCUACAAGUGUUCCAGCCUCCUUCAUCCCUCUCUUCCUCCUGCCCCUUGGUGCUCCCAACCCCCCCUCCUCAGAGUCACUUCAGCUCUCCCCCCAAACUACUGCCCAUCUUCAGGAACAAGGACCCGACACGUCACGUCAACGUGGCUCUGCUGAAGGUCCAGAAGCUGAAGAAACAGCAGAGUGGAGGCACGGAGGAAAAGGCGAGGGUGACACUCCCCACCUUUGCUCGGAAGACCCCCCUUUUGGCAGCAUCACUCCCUCCCCCUCCACGUCCCCCCCCAAUGGUCCCAUGCUUCCGCCGUCGUCCCAAACUGCACGACAUUACUGCAGCUCUUCAACCGUCUCAGUCCAACGUCACACACACAUCCAGCCUGACCCCCAUAUCCAGGGUCAAACCCAUGACCAUCUGCCCCCCAGCGACAGAGACCAAACCCCGAGCGAUCAUCAAGAUCCAGCAGGAGGUCAGCUCUGGAGGAGACCCUGAUGCUAAAUAUGAAUCUCAGCAGAAAAAACAAGUGUCAGAGGCAGCCGACUGCUGCAGCAGGAAGAGAGCCAAGCAGAAGAAAAACGGAGCUGCACUCCAACAUGUGGAGGUGGAGAAGAUGGCUAGCAGCAACCAGCUCUCCCAGCUGAGCUCUGCAGCUCUGCUGCGGUGGUUGAAACAGAGAGAGGUUCCUGUCAGUGCCAAACUGAGGAAGGAGGAGCUGAUCAUGAAGGUCAUGAGGUGUCUGACUGAAACCUGAGACACCAACACACAGAGUUCAGAAACAAAGACGCGAGUUUGGACUUGUUCCUGCAAAUGAGGAAUUUCUGUUCUGCUGCAGCUUCAGCAUUUCUCCUUUAGUCUUUUUCAGACUGCAGUUUAUUCCAGUUAACGAUAAAGAAAGGUUGAAGGUUUUCACAGCAAAGCUGUUUUUGUUGCAUGUUGUUCCAAUAUUCCAGUGGCAAAGUAACCCUUUCUAAAGCCUCCACAUAUUGGUUUAUUUAUUUGUGUCUACUCUUCAUGUUGUUUCCUGUUCAAUGCCAGUGAAGUGUUUAGUUAAGUUAUUAAAAAAAGUUUGUAUUAUUGCA